GGGAGGGACAAGACGGGCUGAGGCAUGCCAGGCUCGCCCACGCCUCCCGUGGCGUCGCGGUCACUGCCCUCUGCGGUCACAAAAUGGCGCCGCAGGCCCUUCGCUUCGGGGUCGCAUCCCUCAAGUCUCGGCUCCCAGUGACCUCAGCCGGGCCUCCCGGACGCCUGGCUGCUCGAAGCCUGGCUUGUGUCUUCUGUGACCGUAGGCUCCGAGCCUGGGCGGCGUUAGGUCCCAGCUUCCACUGCCCACGUCCCUCCACGUCCUAGGACGUCGGUUCUCGGGCCUGAGCAUUUGAGAUGAGUCCGUUGUCUCGGCUGCUGUCGCCAUUGCCUCCCCCGCACAGUUUCAGUGCAAAGCGUCGUGGAUCCUUACUCUCGCCACUCCCCUCUUCAUCUGGUCCAAAGCUGGGAGGAGCGCCAGGCCCCAGGGGGGAGAUCGGUUUUGUCCAAGGAUCCGAAACCACUUUGCAGUCGACAUACUCUGACACCAGCGCCCAACCCACCUGUGAUUAUGGAUAUGGAACUUGGAACUCUGGGACAAAUAGAGGCUACGAGAACUAUGGUUAUGGCUAUGGCUAUGGCCAGGAUAACACCACCAACUAUGGGUAUGGUAUGGCCACUUCACACUCUUGGGAAAUGGCUAGCUCUGACACAAAUGCAAACCCUAGUGCCUCGGGUAGCGCCAGUGCCGAUUCCGUUUUAUCCAGAAUUAACCAGCGCUUAGAUAUGAUGCCGCACUUGGAGACAGACAUGAUACAAGGAGGUGUGUACGGCUCAGGUGGAGAAAGAUAUGACUCCUAUGAGGCCUGUGACUCAAGGGCCAUCCUGAGUGAACGAGACCUCUACAGGUCUGGCUAUGACUAUGGCGAGCUUGACCCUGAGAUGGAAAUGGCCUAUGAGGGCCAAUACGAUGCCUACCGUGACCAGUUUCGAAUGCGUGGAGGAGAUACAUUUGGUCCAAGGGCUCAGGGCUGGGCCCGGGAUGCCCGGAGUGGACGGCCAAUGGCCUCGGGCUAUGGGCGCAUGUGGGAAGACCCCAUGGGGGCCCGGGGCCAGUGCAUGCCUGGUGCCUCCCGGCUGCCUUCCCUCUUCUCCCAGAACAUCAUCCCCGAGUAUGGCAUGUUCCAGGGCAUGCGUGGUGGGGGUGCCUUCUCUGGUGGCUCCCGAUUUGGCUUUGGAUUUGGCAAUGGCAUGAAGCAGAUGAGGCGGACCUGGAAGACCUGGACCACAGCUGACUUCCGGACGAAAAAGAAGAAGAGAAAGCUGGGUGGCAGUCCUGAUGAGCCAGACAGCAAAGCUACGAGAACAGACUGCUCAGACAACAGUGACUCGGACAAUGAUGAAGGCACUGAGGGGGAAGCCGCAGAGGGUACUGAGAGUGCUGAGGCUAUGGAGAAAGGUUCCCGAGCAGAAGGAGAGGACGAGGAGGGAAAAGAGGAUGGGAGAGAAGAAGGCAAAGAAGAUUCAGAAAAAGGGGCCCUGACCGCCCAGGAUGAGAGCAGCCAGGCCAAGCGCAAGUUGCAGGCAAGCAAGAAAAGCCAAGACAAGCAGAAAAAACGUCAGCGAGACCGUAUGGUGGAAAGGAUCCAGUUUGUGUGUUCUCUCUGCAAAUACCGGACCUUCUACGAGGAUGAGAUGGGUAGCCACCUUGAUAGCAAGUUCCACAAGGAACACUUCAAAUAUGUAGGCACCAAGCUUCCCAAGCAGACUGCUGACUUCCUGCAGGAAUAUGUCACCAACAAGACCAAGAAGACAGAGGAGCUCCGAAAAACUGUGGAGGACCUUGAUGGUCUGAUCCAACAAAUCUACAGAGACCAAGAUCUGACCCAAGAAAUUGCUAUGGAGCAUUUUGUAAAGAAGGUGGAGGCAGCCCAUUGUGCAGCCUGUGACCUCUUCAUCCCCAUGCAGUUUGGAAUCAUCCAAAAGCAUCUCAAGACUAUGGAUCACAACCGGAACCGCAGGCUCAUGAUGGAACAGUCCAAGAAGUCCUCUCUCAUGGUGGCCCGCAGUAUUCUCAACAACAAGCUCAUUAGCAAGAAGCUGGAGCGCUAUCUAAAGGUCUCCAUCAAUUUCUACAGGGUGAGAAUCCUUUCACCGACAGCCCGGAGGAGGAGAAGGAGCAAGAUGAGGUGGAGGGUGGCGUUCUGGAAGAGGGAGCAUCAGGCGAAGCUUCAGGGCUCGCAGAGGGCGUGCCGGCACAGCCCCCGGUUCCCCUGGAGCCCGCCCCGGAGACUGCAACACCGCCACCUCCACCGCCUCCAGAGGAGGAGGAGGGCGCAGUACCCCUGCUGGGCGGGGCGCUGCAGUGCCAGAUCCGAGGGAUCCCGGGUCUCGACGUGGAAGACGACGAGGAGGGCGGUGGGGGUGCUCCAUAACCCGUUCCGAGAGUGGGCAGGGCUCGCGUGGCCGAGGCUGGGAGCCCAGCUUAAUAAAGUGCUUUCCUACCCCAGGUCUCUAUUUGUGUUGUUCCUGACUAGUGAGGGCGGGGCUCUGGAAAGUGUCCGGAGUCUAAGUGCGCUUGCGCGCGGGUGGACGCUAGAGCAGCUCACGCGUGCGCGAACCUGGAGGCUCUUGCGCACUAGCUUACCCUUGAAACCCAACUCCAUAGCCUAGCAACCCGGAAGGCUA